GAGGCAGUGAUGAAAGAGCGUCUUGCUUAAUUGUAUAAAUAGGCGUUUGACGAUAAGGUACGUAAGCCAUGAUACUCGGUCGCCAUGGUAACCAAUUGAUGUAAAUGCCUGGGGGUAUCUCACAAAAAAGCUCCAUAGACUGUACCUGGACUAGGUGUCAUCCAGGUGAACUAGGGCCGGCUACCGCGAAGUCACUUCAACCAUUCUGUGGAUCAGUGCGUGAGACAACAGUACGGAAUGACAUCAGGGACAGAUUCCGGAAAGCAAGUCCUCACCGACGGCGAUGACGUUAGGUCGAAGCCGGGUACAAAGAAGGUACUGUUGUUUGCUGCUGGGAUCCUUGCUGCUGCAUCCGUAGCUGCUGUAGUCGUGCUGACGGCGUCCAUACUGCACACGAAGAACGUCUGGGAGGAAGAUGCUUUCGUCGGUUACGACAUACUUGAUGCAUCCGACAAGGCUUCAGUCGGUAAACUCGACUUCCUGGCUUCUGAUGGACAUGCGCAUGAGGACCUGUAUAUCAAUGACGUCACACAAGAACAGACGAUAAAAGUGGCACACCCUCAUUACGACAUUUUCGUCCUCAAGAAAUACCAAGAGGGCCGGGAAAUGCUGCUCAUCACCUCCAAGCCCGAGGAGGGGCGUCCUCGACGCGUCAUUCAAUGUGAAGACUCCAACAUGACCGACACCGACUUCGUCCCGUCGUCGUCCUUAGUGGACGGGGUGCUGGUAAAGAGCCCGGAUGUGACGAUCGAAAAUUCUUUCGAGCGGACCUGCAAGCCAAUUAAACUUGUUUACAAGUCAUGUGACCUGAUACCACAGGAACUUUAUCAGCAAGAAGAAUCUACCUCACCUGCUCUUGAUGCUCUCCUGAGAGAGAGGCGGGAGGCUAGUAGCUAUGGCAACUGGGGUGGACGAUGGAAGGGAAGCCUCUUCAGCCCUUGUUGCUGGGGAUGUAAUCACUAUGAACGAUGCACAGCCCUGAACUGCACCCCUCCCCUGGACGAGCUCGACCGGAUAUGCAUGGACUACACCUUCUGCACAAAGUGCUGGCACGACACCCCCACACGUGACCUCCCUCACUGCGACUGCCUCAAGGACCUCAUCACUGACCUCACCCACAUCCGGUGUCCACCCAACAACUACAGAGAAUGCCGCCUGUACCGCAGUGACCUCAAGGGCAUCAUGACUGGUCAUCGGUGCUGGGGUCGACUGGUCACUAAGAUGUACGAGGCCUAUCACUGUGGCUACAAGCAGGUGGGCUGCAGUCGCGGUCAGUGCCAGACCAAACCAGAAUACUGUGUCCGGGGAAAGACCAUGGUCCGAAACAAUUUCAAGUGUGAGAGUUUUAUGACCUGUGAGGAAUCAACAAGGAAACUUGGUGGAGCUGCUAAUUUCCGAUCUUAUUAAAUAUAUUUCAAUUA